AUGACAUUUCACACAAAAAGUUGUUUGGUUUUUAAUUUCUCUUGAUUUUCGUUUCCAGUUCAAUUUUUGUAAAUAAUUCCAUAAAACUAACAAUUUAAUUACCAAAUAAGUAAAUAAUCGAUAAAAAUCAUGGACGAACAAGCUUGUCCACGUUGUAAAACAACAAAAUAUCGAAAUCCAUCACUCAAAUUGAUGGUAAACGUUUGCGGCCACACUCUAUGCGAGAGUUGUGUUGAUUUGUUAUUCUUGAAAGGCUCCGGUUCCUGUCCCCAGUGUAAUGUUCCUCUGCGUCGGAAUAAUUUCCGUGUCCAACUUUUCGAUGAUCCAAUGGUUGAGAAAGAAGUCGACAUUCGUCGGCGCAUCCUGCGAGAUUACAACAAGAAAGAAGACGACUUCGAAACACUCCGCGAAUUCAAUGAUUAUCUGGAAGAAAUAGAAACCAUAAUCUACAAUCUCUGCAACAACAUUGAGAUCAUAGAAACCAAUAAGAAAAUCGAACAAUACAAAAAAGAGAACCGUGAGACUAUUAUGCGAAAUAAGGCGAAAAUCGGCCGAGAGGAGUAUGAACUCGAGGAGAUGCUGGAAAUCGAGAAGCAGCAGGAGGAAGCUCGACGCUUGGAACUCCUGGCCAUCGAGGAGGAGAACAAAAAGAAGAAAAUUCGCGAAAAAGAAGCACUUAUCGACGAAUUGGCGAGAAGUUAUGAAGAUGCUAGUAAGAUUGUGAGUGCAUUUGCGGAGCAGGCAGAGAAGCAGCGUGAAGAAUCCAAAGUGGUGCCGGCACCAAAAGCAGCAACUCAAUUCUCUACCGGUAUCAAGUUCUCACGUGGUGGGGAGCAACUAUUUCUACCGGUUCCUAAGCAGGACGAGGGGCCGUUGUAUGUGCAUCAAAUUCUGGAACUAUUCAAUGAAGGACCAGCAGCACCGCCAGCGCAAGACAUCGAGACCAAGGGUUACAUUUCACAUGUUCGCGCUGAAAAUUUGGCUGAAAGAGCGGGUGGCUAUAAGGCCACAAUGGCAUGCCAAAGAGCUUUGCAGGAAGCGCUGCAAGGUCUAUUCCAUGGUGGAUGAUGAUAAGGAGAUGGAAAAUUUGUGCUUUAAGUUUUUGUUACCUACCUCUUUGAAAUAACAUUAAAAAUUCUUGUUUG